AUGGCGCCAGACCGCAGACCUCGCACACGCGCCAGACCGCAGACCCGCACACGCGCCAGACCGGCAGACCCACACACGCGCCAGACCGCAGACCCAGACCACGCGCCAGGCCGCAGACCACACCCACACGCGCCAGACCGCAGACCCACCACACACACGCCAGACCGCAGGACCCGCACACGCGCAGACCGCAGACCCAAACACACGCGACAGACCGCGGAGCCAGACACGCGCCAGACCGCAGACCCACACACGCGCCAGACCGCAGACCACACACGCCAGACCGCAGACCCCACACACGCGCCAGACGCAGACCCACACACGCGCCAUGACCGCAGACCCACACACACGCGCCAGACCGCAGACCCACACACGCGCAGACCGCCGACCCCUACACCGCGCAAGACGCAGACCCACACACACGCGCCAGACCGCAGACCCACACACGCCCCAGACCGCAGACCCACACACGCGCCAUGA